GCGCUAACGGGGCAGCAGAGCGGCUUUCGACGCGGAGCUCCGGGCAGCGUUUAGCCUUCCGUUAGCACCGCGCGCCGCGACUCAUCCGCUCCUGUGUGUCCCGCCAGCAUGCUAACGGAGGCGGUGUGACCGCGACCCGACCCGACCCCCCCACCCCACCCCACCCCUCCUCUCCCGGCCCGACUCCCCGACCCCCCGGUAGAGGCGUCAGCCGAGCUGAACUCCGCCGCCGGGCCAUGCGGCAGUGGUGUGUCCCCGCCGCGACCCCGCGCACCGAGCCACUCCCGGGGCGCCUGUCCAUGUCGCCCCCUCCGUCAGACGCCACGAUGGAGUGCUGCGAGGUGGAGCCGCGCUACACCAUCGAGCAGAUCGACCUCCUGCAGCGCCUGCGCCUGUCGGGCAUGACCAAGCCCCAGAUCAUCCACGCCCUGGAGUCCCUGGAGAGGCUGGACCCCGAGCACCGCGAGGCCCACCCGGCGCCGUCCAACGCCGCGCCGGCCUCGGCCGCCGCCGCCCCGUCCUCGUCUUCGUCCUCCACCUCCUCGCUGUCCCUGGCCUCGGCCACCACGCAGACCUCGGGCCUGGACGGCGCCGCGCUGUCCCCCAGCAACAGCUACGAGGCGUCGCCGCCGCCGCUCUACCCGCCCACCGUGGCCGUGCAGCGCUCCUUCAGCUACGACACCAUGGGCGAGGAGGAGUGGGACCUGGAGGAGAAGGUGGAGGAGUACAUGAGGAGAGACAGCAACCUGGUGAAGGAGGAGAUCAAAACGUUCCUGAACAACCGGAGGAUCUCCCAGGCAAUCGUGGGACAAGUCACAGGCAUCAGCCAGAGCUACAUCUCGCAGUGGCUGCUGCAGCAGGGCCUGGAGAUGAGCGACUCCAAGCGCCGGGCGUUCUACCGCUGGUACCUGCUGGAGAGGAACAACCCAGGGCUGAGGUGGAGUGAAAGCCAGCACAGCGUGAGCCCCCUGGCCCGGGCCAGGGCGGGGGACAGAGACGCCAUGGUAGCAGGGGCAAGCGCCAGCCUCCCCAACAUCCUCCCCAACCCCAACACCAACCUCAACCCCAACCCGUCGUGGAGCAGGCAGAGAGAGCUGCUGAUGCACCUGCUGCCGUGGUACACUGCGGCGGCCGCCCACGCCCACGCCCAGCCAGGCGCCACCCUGUCCAUGCGCUCACUGGUGAAGGAGGAACCGGACUGGAGGGCGGGGAUCAUGGCGGGCGACAGAACGGGGAUCGUGGGCGGCCCGUUGAGGCUACGCAGGGGGAGCAGGUUCACCUGGAGGAAGGAGUGCCAGUCGAUCAUGGAGAGCUUCUUCAUGGAGAAUCAGUAUCCCGACGAGGCCAAGAGAGAGGAGAUCGCCAACGCCUGUAACUCCGUCAUCCAGAAGCCAGGCUGUAAACUGUCUGAAUUUGAACGUGUGACGGCGCUGAAGGUCUACAACUGGUUUGCCAACCGUCGGAAGGAGAUGAAGAGGAGAGCAAACAUAGAAGCUGCCAUUCUGGAAAGCCAUGGGAUCGAGGUGCCGAGUCCGAGCUGCCACUCCAAUGGGGAAGAGGCCGAGAUGCAGGAGUUCGCAGAUCAGGUGAAUCAUCGAUUCUCGGAGCAAGAAGACACGCCGUCUCAGCGGACCGUCGACCAACAGGAUCCGUCCUCGCUGGCCGCCCCGGAGGCGGCGGUCCUGCCGAGCCCCGGCCCUCAGGUCCCGGAAGAGAAAGACGACGUCUCGAAAAGGGAGACCGCGGACGAAGAGUGACCGAAGCCAGCGGAGCUCGGCCGGUCCCGUUGAGCUUUACGCAAAUGAAAUAGGAAAAAGAAAAAAAAUGAGUAGUUCCCGGCUCCACCCUUGUAGGGCAUUCAAGGCCUGUGACACCCACAAAUCAAAGGGAGGAGGGUGCUGAAGCUCGCUGAGGUGCCUCAGGUGGUAAGGAGGCCACUCUAUUUAUCAACCGUAAUCCUGCUUAUAUUAACGGCAAUAUACAGUAUAUAUAUAUAAAUAUAUAUAUCAUUAUAUAGUGCAUUCCAAGAUGGUAUUAAAAAGCCUAAAUUCCUUAGAGGGAGGAUUAUGUAACGGAUACCUCGCCCAUUUGAAGCUCCGCUUUUCCUGCUUUCUUUGCUUCCAUGCCUUCUUUUAGCUUUAUUUUUUAUUUCCUCAAAGGCUGUGAGUGUGUGUGCUUGUGCGUGUGUGUGUUUGACUGAAUGUGCCGAGCCUGCAGGUCAGGUGUGUUUUGGGCGAGGGCAUAAAAUGCGGCGUCGCGCAUCUCGUCCGCGGCCGCCCCCCACCCCCGCCGCGAGCUUGGCCGAACGUCUUCGACACCCCACCGGGUUCGUUAAGACUCUAACCUCAAUCAGUCGAUUGAUGAAAUCAGUCGAUCAAUCAACGGAUGCUGUUGCCGCGGGAUCUGUAGAGCCCUGAGGGACGACUGGAAUCUCAGGUAAUCCCAAAAAUCAUGGAUUAACGACCGCGAAGUGUUGCACCGGGCUUCUUUCGUGUCUUUAUGUGCACUUCGUUUCUUCAUCGUAACGGUGUUUAACCAAAACAGAAUCUGUUAUUUAUACCUUUUUAUAUUAGCCAAAAAAGCCUAUGACUAUAUAUAUAUAAAUCAUCUAUCAUCUCUCUUCUUUGUUACUCUUACUGCUGCUGUUUGUUCAUUAUUUGUAAUAUACGAUCAUUUCAAACUCUGUCUUCAAUUUCAGCCACUGAAGCUAUACAUAUUUUUUUUCUUUUUUUUUUUUAAUCGUUUGAAAGAACGCUAAAAGGAAUGUGAUCAGAAAUAUGUCAGCAUAAAUGCUACAAGCACCAUUUGUUUCUAAUAUCGGAAUAAGCUAAAGCUUAUGCUCGCGUGAGUUCGUAUGACUGAAAGUCUGCACCUCAGAGUGAAUAUCACUAUAUAACUGCCCGCCACGUCGAUUUACACCUGGCUUUAAAGUGGAUCCAGCUUCGGAUUAGUCCUGAACGCACCUCCUCCUCUACAGUUUCAGGGUUAACCCCGAAGCGCGCGGUGGCCCUCAGAUGGAAACGAGAGCUUUAACGUUGCUUUUCCCUCGUCUUUACACCCGGCCGUGGCCCGUUUCUGACCACAGAGGAAUCAAGGAAAGUGGGAUUAGACUCUGAAAUACAUUUCAAAGGUGUCGAACACAUUUUCAUCGAGGCCCAGUUUAAUCUUGACUGGGCUAGACCUGUAAAAUAACGCCAUAAAUCUUUACAUUUUUAAGAUCUUCUUUGUGACUCUGUACCAGUUGAAAGUGUUGACAUUUUAAUGAAACCAAUCAAUUAGCACUAAAAAUGACCACAAGGUCAAAACAAAGCCAAUUUUAAUGAAAUCUUCUUGUGAAAUGUCCAAAAAAAAAAACCUCUUCUCCUAUAGCUGUUGCAUUAUGGGUGUUUUCACAAACUCACCCCGAUGGCAUGGCUUUGAGGCUAAUGCUAGUUUUGCUACGUUUGCAAUGAGGCUGCGAGCUUUCAGCGGAACAGAGAAUGUCCAAAGCGCUUGGCGAAGCGUUCCCAUCUCACGGCAGGGACUCCACAGAUUCAUUUUAAAGCCCGGUGUGAAUGGACUCUUCCAGCGGGGACUGUCAGAGACUGUACCUACGUCCGGACCUCAACAUGUACAUAAGCCAUCACAAGUAAAAUAUACCCUUCUUUCCUUCAAGGUGAUUUAGCAGCAUAUAGACACUGUUGUUAAAGUUUAACUAUGAAUAGCAGACAUAAAGUUACUCCCCUACACUCGGCGGCCCGAGGCCGCUGGAGUUACCUCCUGUUCAUGUAAUGAACA